CACCAAGGCAAUGUACAUGUCCAAUAUUUUUUCUCUCUUUUCUUUUAAUAAAAGAUAAAAAGAAAGAUGCUUUUGCAACGACUACAAAAAGAUGCUUCUGCGAACGCUCUUAAGAUCUCGUGGUCGUGGAGGUCCAUUGAUUUUAACGAUAUGGAGCACAAUGGAAAAGGUAUAGGAAUAUAAUUAAAGACGAAGACACGUUGGCUAGAUAAAUAAGCUCAUCCAACUACAAGGGAUAGUUAAUGGUUAGACUGGGUAUCAAAGUACAAUAUAGAAGUUGUGGGCGAAUUGGAGAUAUGUUGAAAGAAGUUAAAGCUAUAAGUAUAAUGCUGGUGGUCCAGUUUAUUUUCGCAGGAAUGUACAUUUUGUUUAAGCUAACGGUCGAUGAUGGUACAAAUCUCAGAAUCCUCGUGGCUUAUCGUCUCUCCUUCGCCACCAUUUCCAUGCUUCCCCUCGCCCUCAUCUUCCAGAGGGAUAAGCGGCCAGAAUUUACAUGGAGACUGCUCUUUCUAGCCUUUCUUUCGGGGAUGCUUGGAGCGGCGAUACCAAAUUUUCUCUAUUUGCCAGGACUUGCUCUUACAUCAGCUACCUUUUCGACUGCGGCCAGCAUCCUUGGUCCGUUGAUCACCUUGGUAUUGUCAGUCGCUUUUAGGAUAGAGACUCUUCGGCUGGGAACGAACGAAGGGAGGGCUAAGCUUGUGGGGACGUUGCUUGGUGCCGGUGGGGCUCUCGUAUUUGUAUUCUAUAAAGGUGUUGAGAUUCAUAUCUGGUCAACACACGUUGACUUACUUAAGAACUCGAACGCUGGUCAAUCUUCUGGCCAAGCCACUGAGAACCACCACAUCUCAAUUCCAGGAGUUCUUAUGGUUUUUGGAUGUAACGUUUCCUUCUCACUUUGGUUAAUAUUGCAGGCAAAAAUAGGCGAUCAACUUGGAGGAAGUUAUUGGAACGUAAGUCUGAUGAAUGCGAUGGGAAGUUUGGUUUGCAUGAUUGUUGCUCUCUGUUCAGAACGUAACUGGAAACAAUGGCGAUUAGGAUGGAACAUCAGCCUUCUUGCUACGGUUUAUUCGGGAGUCGUGGUCUCAGGAAUGGUCAUACCUCUUAUUGCUUGGUGCAUUAAAACAAAAGGACCGUUAUAUGUUACGAUGUUUAGCCCUAUAAGGCUUGUGAUCGUAGCCCUCGCCGGAUCAUUUGCUUUAGAGGAAACGCUUCAUUUGGGAAGUAUAAUUGGUGCAAUGAUAAUGGUGGGAGGUGUAUACCUAGUUAUAUGGUGUAAAAUGAAGGAAGCGAAGAGUGCCUCUGCUACAUUGGACCACAUUGAAACAAACAAGAAUAUCAAAGAAGUGAACCUUGGCAAUCUCUCAGCAAUAAAUAAUAGAGAUGUCCCGUGAACCAACCAUAUAGCUACAUCAUCAAAUAAAGUCCGUAGAAAUGGAAUAUAUAUGGACUACUAGAUGGAGAAUUUGGACAAUGUCUUUGAUUUUUCACCCUGACUUCAAUAUUAAAACACUAUCUAUAACUUGCUACUUAUAUCUCUUAAAAAGCUAUGUUCUAUGUUAUAUCGUGAAAAUUUCUGUCAACUAAUUCAAAUUGCUCAUGAUACAAAUAGAGUCCUAAGUGUGUAGCUAUUUUUAAUCGGCUUAAAUUUAAGAGCAUCAUUAACGAUAAAACUUUGUAGAACCUUCUUUCACAUGUAUUAUAUUGAUAUACUCCUAUAUAACCUUUUUUAUUAAACUUUAAAACAAAAAGAACUUAACCAAUGAAACUGGAAAAGAACAAAUGAAAAGAGAGUAUCUCGAAAGUGGUUGAAAAUCUCUCGCUCAAAAAACAUUUCUUGUGAUUUUCUGUCUUUCUCAUUUUAUGAUUACUUUACCUGUUUGCCCGUUUUUCUUCUCUUUUAUAGAAGACUUCCGACUUCUUUCAAUGAAUAUGUAGCUUUUGCUAUUUGUUCAUCUUGUCAUUUGGGAGUCGUCAGAUAAAAGCAAGGUCUUCUCUGAAUUUUCCUUAGAGACCAGUUCAAUUCGGUUCAUGGCAUGGCUCCUAUAGUGGAAUUGGAUUAGUGUGGUUUAGAGCCUUAAUAAGAGUGUCAUGUCUGGUCCUUCAAUAAUUUCAACUGUGGAUGUUGACGUUCCUUUAUGUCUUUUUAUCAUGUUUGGUUCUAAAUUGUAUUGUUAAGUUCUUAGCUUGUAUAUUUGUUUAUGGUUUUGGGGACUUGCAGUUCAUCCGCCGACUUAAUCUCUAGGGAAGUUUUUUAUUCGGAUAGAUGUUUAUG